UGGAGUGUACGUGCCAAAUAUUUGGCCAACUCUGAACAAAGCCUCAUCGUUUGCUAGUACAGACGCGAGCAAAGCUAAAUCAGCCAUGGGUUGCCAAAUUACUUGUGCUUUGAUUCUACUUUCUGGGGUCGUUCUCAGUGUUGUAAACGGAGUACAUAACUCUUGUACCACACCGGACGGAAGACGAGGUGACUGCCUUAAUUUGAGACAGUGUCCAGAGCUGAUAACUCAUCUGUCAGCUAUUGAUCGUAGUCAGGCAGACAUCGAUUUUGUAAGACAAAGUCAAUGUGGUUUCCACGGUCAUGACCCAUUGGUUUGCUGUGCAUCGCCCCAUAUUUCGGCUGUUCCUCUGCAACAAAUCAACACCGAUAGACCCUCAACGAACAAUGGUGCCGACAACAAGAACCCACUUUUGCCGGAGCAGUGUGGUAAUCAAGAGGGACAACGCAUUUUCGGUGGUCUGAGAACUGACUUGUACGACUAUCCUUGGAUGGCCCUUCUCGAAUACGACACACCUAAUGGCAGAAAACUGAUAUGCGGUGGAGCUUUGAUCAACAACCGCUACGUUAUGACCGCAGCUCAUUGUCUGAAAGGCCGAUCUUUGCCCUCCACCUGGAGAUUGAACAGAAUACGUCUCGGCGAGUACAACAUUGAGACCGCACGUGACUGUAUUCCUGACGGAGAUACCGGCAUGUUUUGCGCCGAUCCUCCUGUUGUCGUUGGCAUCGAACAGCAAAUCGUACACGAGGACUACAAUCCGCACAACGGUGAUCAACGUUACGAUAUUGCCUUGCUUCGUCUGUCCCGUGAUGUAUCAUUCACCUCGUUCAUCAAACCAAUCUGUCUGCCAAGAACUUCCAAGUUGGAGUCGAAAUUCCGAGUCGCUGGCUGGGGUAGAACUGAACUUCGCAGCCAGUCUGAGGUGAAGCUUCAAGUCACCGUACCCCUAGUCCAAGCUUUUCAGUGUCAUCAAGUUUAUCAGCCGUUGGGUAUUUUCCUCGGAGAUGGUCAGAUAUGCGCUGGUAACGGGGACGGUAGGGACUCGUGUACUGGUGACUCUGGAGGUCCACUAAUGCAACAAAAUAGAUAUCCCAAUGGUGAUAUUCGUUGGAAUGCUGUUGGAAUCGUAUCUUUCGGACCGAAAAAUUGUGGUAGAAACGGCAUACCUGGCGUUUAUACUAAAGUCUAUAAUUAUAUGCCCUGGAUCUUGAGCAAACUCAGGCGGUGA